AUUUGAUUUUAAAACCGUCCUCAAAUUGUUGCGGCAUUGAAAAAACACUGGCGGAUGUGACACUGAGCCAUACCAGUCACGAAGUGUAGCUCUCAUUAUUAGUAGCUUAGUCAGCAUGUAUGUCGUCUGUUCUUUGUGCAUCAUCAAAUGCCACACGAUCCUAGUUUGCUCGUUGCAUUAAUAUUUCUGGGUAUGACGCCACCCGGUCCUGUUCUUCCGGGUUCCAGGUACUUCGAAGCGCCGAUAUCAUGCCACAUGUCACAUGGCAUUGGCCGUUAGGAUGAUGUUUCACCAAACCGGAUCCGAUUUAAGAAUACUCCAAGGACAACUAGUAGAACCCAGUUGGUUACCCUCACGACGCGUACAUCCAAGCAGACAUUCAGGUCAAUCGUUGCUCACACAAUGCAAUCCGAAUUUGUGGAAAAGAAACAGGGAGAGUCCCGCUCCAGUUCUGUGGCACCGGAUUUGGCCUCUGAUAAGCCUGUGGGCAAUGAUCUGGAGGGCGGUCAGUAUUAUACAGGGUUUCUCAGACGUGCCACCCAGUUACUUUCUCGGUAUGGAAUUGAAACUCAUGGCAUCGCCCCGGUACCAGCAGAGGAACGCAUAGAGACUCGAUGGUACCAAAUGUUUUUCGUAUGGUUUUCUGCUAAUAUGAAUAUCUUAACAUUCAGCACUGGCACUGUGGGACCUGCAUUGUUUUCCCUGGGAGUUAAUGAUUCUAUCAUCAUCAUUGUCGUUGUUGACCUGGUGAUAUGUCUGUUGCCUGCGUUCUCUGCUGUUUUUGGGCCAAAGCUUGGCACGCGAACUAUAGUACAGGCAAGGUUCUCAUGGGGGUAUUUCGGUGCCAUCAUACCGGCCGUCUUAAAUGUUUUCUCCCUGCAAGGCUUCCUUAUCUUGAACUGCAUCAUUGGUGGACAAGUGCUCGCAAGCCUAUCUUCUCACCUUGAUGAUACUCUUGGUAUCGUUAUUAUUGCUGUCAUAUCUCUUGUGGUCACUUUCUGUGGAUACCGCAUCAUUCAUUGGUACGAAAGUAUCGCCUGGAUCCCAAAUGUGAUUGCUUUUAUCGCCAUGCUGGGUGUCGGUUAUCCACAACUACGCGACAACCAAUCGACUGCUGUCUCUCAAGCAACUGUCGCUGAGGUUAUCUCUUUUUCGUCUAUCCUCACAUCUAGCAUUAUUAGCUGGUGUACCGUGACCCCCGACUAUGGUGUAUACCACAGCCCUGCUGCUUCUUCUGCGAGACUUUUUCUCUACACAUAUCUCGCGUUUUUCACCUCUAGUGUGACUUGCCACACCCUCGGUGCUGCGUUCGCGGCCGCAGCUCCCAACGUACCUGUUUGGAAUGCAGGAUUUAACAACAGCUCUUCCGUCGGUGGCUUGUUUUACAGUGUGCUGCUACCUACAGGCGCAUUUGGAAAAAUUCUGAUCGCUCUGGUGGCCCUCAGUAUUCCUAGCGCGUCUGCACCGACCAUGUAUACGUUCAGCACCAGUUUCAUGGCUGUCGCUCCGUGGUUUGCUGCAAUACCUAGAUGGAUAUAUAUUCUCAUCUCUGAAGCAGUUCUGAUACCAGUCGCCAUUAUUGGCGCCAAAAAGUUUUAUACCACUUUCGUUGACAUCCUCAAUGUCAUCGGAUACUGGUCGUCAGUAUUUACUGCGAUUAUCCUUACAGAACAUGUGCUAUUUCGGCGAGCCUCGUUUUCUGAGGAUCAAUAUCCUAUCACGACUUGGGCUUCAUAUACUCUUUUGCCUAGCGGUAUUCCCGCGGUCGUGGCCUUCGCGUGCGGCUGUGGAGCCCUUGUUCCAUUCAUGUCGCAGGCUUGGUAUGUAGGACCAGUGGCCAGGCAUGGUAGUGGAGAUGUUGGGGUAUACGUAGGGUUUGUGGUGGGGGCUAUCACAUACACAUUGGCAAGGGGUUUCGAAAAACUGUGGUACAAAAAGAUGAGUAAAUCAGAUGCUUAGUAGUUUUUGUUUUUAAGGUAAACAGUAUGCGUGUACAUGAACUGUUCUGUGGGAGCCGAUGCUGUCGUUAUUAUCCAUAAUUCACUCUUACUACAGUUGCGGACAAACAAACUCGACAAUUUUGGUCUUCG